AUGAAUGAAUCAAAACUCUCUAUCCGUGCAUCUAUGUUUCGGGUCCUCCUUUUCUUGUCCUUCCGACCACUCUAUUCAAUCUCUUGCCCUGAAAUCGAAAAGCAGUCGCUUUUAAGCUUCAAGCAAUCUCAAAAUGGUUCCUCAAACGUGUUGUCUUCAUGGGAUGCUAAAUUCGAUUGUUGCAAGUGGAAAGGUGUUGUGUGCAGCAACUUAACCGGCCAUGUUGUUCAACUCCAUCUUCAAGGUAACAGUUUAGGUGGCAAAAUAAACUCAUCUUUGCUCAACUUGAAGCAUUUGAAAUAUCUUGACCUGAGCUUUAACAAUUUUGAUGAAAAGAUCCCUUCCUUCAUUGGAUCACUCACAAGCCUCGAGUACUUGAAUCUAUCAUUUGCUGGAUUUUAUGGUAAGAUUCCCCAUAAUUUCGGAAAUCUUUCGAAUUUGCACACUCUAAGUUUUGGUGGUAUCACGUACAAUUCAGAGCAACGGUUGUACGCUGUUAGUCUGGAAUGGUUUUCGGGACUUCACAAACUGGAGCACCUUAACAUGAAUGGUGUGGAUCUCAGCAGAGCAUCAAACUGGGCGCAACAGGUGAUCAACAAACUCCCUUCUUUAGUCGAGUUGCGAUUGAAUCAUUGUAACCUUAAUUUGAUGGCUCCUCUGAAUGAUGUUGACAACAUCAGCCGUUGUAAUUUGGCCACUCUUGAUCUCUCCUCCAACUACAAUUCCCUGUCUUAUGGCAUCAUCAUUCCUCUGUGGAUUUUUCGACUCACCAACCUUAUCUAUCUUGAUAUGAGUAGCAACUUAUUCAAAGGCCCGAUUCCAACUACGAGCAACACCACGAAACUCCAACACAUUGAUCUCUCCAAUAACAAUUUCAAUUCAAGCAUUCCACAGUGGCUCUCCUCCUGCAAACACCUCCAGUAUUUGGAUUUAAGUCAAAAUGAACUUUCUGGAAAAAUACCAAGAGAACUUGCAAACCUGUGCAAUAUUCGGACCUUGAGUUUAUUUUACAAUAAAUUGGGAGGAGAGAUAACAGAUUCUUUUGGAAACAAUAUGUCAGAUUGUUUCUUAGGAUCUUUGAUGUCUUUAGACUUGUCAGAGAAUCAAAUCUCCGGUCAUCUGCCUCAUCGAUUUGGAGAAUUUACGAGUCUUCGAUUCCUCGACCUUCAUGAAAACUCAUUGUCCGGUGUAAUUCCAAACGAAGUAGGGAAGUUGGUUUCCCUUGAAAGGUUAGAGUUGGAUAACAAUAAAUUGAGGGGGAACUUACCAGAGAGUAUUGGGAAACUUGUGAACUUGACUGAGCUUUGGAUAGAUAAUAACACCUUGGAAGGGGUUGUGACCGAAACCCACUUUGCCCAUCUCUCAAAUCUAAGAUCAUUGCGAGCCUCUGGAAACCACUUGAGUUUGAGAGUCGACCCCAAUUGGAUUCCACCAUUCAAACUAGAGACACUUAAUCUAAGGUCUUGGGACUUGGGGUCUCCAUUUCCGUUAUGGCUCGAGACUCAGAAAGAGAGUGUCACCUAUCUUGAUUUAUCGUCUACUGGAAUCUAUGGAAACAUUCCCAGAUGGUUAUGGAGUUUGUAUUUUCUCGACCUUUCGCAUAACCAACUCGACGGAAAGAUUUUAUCCAUUAGUGAUCGUGGAGAUAUUUACGAUUUUUUACAUGUUUUUGACUUGAGUUCCAACAGGUUUAGCGGUCCACUGCCUCGAAUAAUGAUGAGUUCAUUGUUGGAACUCGACCUCUCCAAUAACACAUUCUCGGGAGAUCUUUCAGAAUUUCUCUGCAACACAUCAACCAAUAGUGGACUGCAAAAUCUUAAUCUCGGGGAAAACAGCCUGUCUGGUGAGUUACCUGAUUGUUUCGUGAAAUGGCAAUCAUUGAGAGCGUUGAACUUAGGCCACAAUCAAUUAUCCGGAAGAAUACCAGAUUCCAUAGGAUUUCUAUCAAGUUUGGCGUCCUUGAAUCUGUACGGAAACAAUUUCUCUGGCCACAUACCUUCUUCACUGCAAAAUUGCACGAACCUAGUGAAGAUCGACUUCUCUUAUAAUAAUCUUGGUGGGGACAUACCGAUAUGGAUUGACACAAGAUUUUAUCAGCUCACAAUUCUCAUUUUGCGGUCAAACAAUUUCAGUGGAGAAAUUACCAGAUCCAUAUGCCAGCUAACAUCUCUUCAAAUCUUGAAUCUCUCUCAUAACAGACUUUCAGGGAGAAUACCUACCUGCCUCGACAACCUUACUGCGAUUACCACAAAGAGAAAUUUAAAACUUCUUUUUUAUGUCAAUGGUACAUUUUCUGAGAGUGCGUCAAUUGCAACAAAAGGAAAAGAGCUCACCUACGGUACUACUCUUUCUUUGGUUACCAGCAUUGACCUUUCAAACAACACCCUGUCUAGUGACAUCCCGAGCGAGAUAGCAAGUCUUGUGGAACUCAGAUCACUGAACUUGUCGAGAAAUAAUUUAACAGGAUCCAUCCCAGACAACAUUGGAAACAUCAAGCAACUCGAAUCUCUUGAUUUCUCAAUGAACUCACUGUCCGGCAACAUUCCAAGUAGCAUGUCAAUCAUGACUUCUCUGAACUACUUGAAUCUGUCGUAUAACCACUUGACAGGGAGAAUCCCACAAAGCACCCAAAUUGGGAGCUUCAACCAGUCGAGCUUCAUUGGCAACAAUCUCUGUGGCCUUCCACUUACAGUAUCUUGCAGAAAUGACGAUAAAGCCCGUGAUCCAAUGCACGCAGAAAAUCAAGGCCGCGAAGGUAAUAAGCGAGAGAUUGAUUGGUUUUACAUAUUCCUAUCUUUAGGGUACGCGGUCGGGCUUUCGGCUGUCCUCACGACAUUGUAUUUUAAGAAGAAAUGGAGAGAAUGGUGUUAUGCGCUCUUUCACAAGUUAUGGGACAAUGUUUAUGUGUAUAUCGUUAUCAAGUGGAGAAGGCUCAGAAGAGUGUUGGACGGAAAUUAG